AUGGUGCCUUCUCGUGCGUCGGGAGGGAUGCCGCAAUCAUCUUCGAGCUCUGGGAUAUUUUUCCAAGGGGACGGGCAGUCUCAGGUCUCUGGGAGUUCACAGUUGAGCUCGAACAUCAGCAACUCCAUGCACUCCAUACCCGGACGAGCACGUGUCAGUGUGGGCCCGCUGUCCGGGGAUGUUGGGAAUGCGGUCCUCAACAGUAUGGCAACCUCCGCACCCAGCAUUGGGGCGAGCUCUCUGGUCACUGACGCAAACUCGGGGCUCUCGAGCGGGCCGCACAUGCAAAGAAGUGUGAGUUUCAACACGGAGUCCUACAUGCGCCUACCCACUUCACCACUCUCGUUCACGUCCAACAACAUAAGCACCUCUGGUUCGUCCGCUCAGCAAAGCUCCAAUCAAGACCAGGCACAAGCCCAGCAAAAUCAGCACUCGAGCACCACAUUGAUACCCGGGUCACGAAUGGGGCAGGUCCAGAUCCCUAUUGGGUCCAGGGACUCAAAUUCUUUCAUUCAGGACCCGAACACCAUGUCUCAGGUUCAAAAGAAGCCCCGCCUGGACAUCAAGCAGGAAGAUGUUCUGCAGCAGCUUUUGCAGAGGCAAGACUCGAUGACCUUGCAGAAUCCGAAUUCUCAGUUGCAGGCUCUGAUCCAGCAACAGCGGUUAAGGCAGCAGCAGCAGCAAAGAGAACAGCUUCUUCAGUCUAUGCCGCCUAUGCAAAGGGUUCAGUUACUGCAGCAGCAACAGCAACAGCAGCAACAAUUGAGACAACAGCUUCUGCAGCAGGGAAUGCAGCCGAGUUCGGUUAUAAAACGGCCAUAUGACGGUGGUGUAUGCUCACGUAGACUAAUGCAGUACCUGUAUCACCAGAGACAACGCCCGGCUGAAAAUACUAUUGCCUAUUGGAGAAAAUUUGUGGCGGAGUAUUAUUCUCCGCGUGCAAAGAAGAGAUGGUGCCUAUCUCUUUAUGAAAAUGUCGGGCAUCAUUCACUGGGGGUAUUCCCACAGGCAGCUAUGGAUGCAUGGCAGUGUGACAUUUGUGGUUCAAAAUCUGGAAGAGGUUUUGAAGCAACUUUUGACGCACUCCCAAGACUCGAUGAAAUUAAAUUUGGUAGUGGCAUUAUUGACGAGCUUCUAUUUCUGGACUUGCCUCGGGAGUGUCGAUUCCCAUCGGGAAUGAUGAUGCUGGAGUAUGCAAAGGCAGUUUCAGAAAGUGUGUAUGAGCAACUCCGCGUAGUUCGCGAGGGUCAGCUUCGCAUCAUUUUCACCCCUGAUUUGAAGAUACUAUCUUGGGAAUUUUGUGCACGGCGCCAUGAAGAACUUCUGCCUCGUAGAUUGGUUGCGCCUCAGGUGAAUCAAUUGCUGCUGGUUGCACAAAAGUGCCAAAGCACGAUAUCUGAAAGAGGGCCCGAUGGUGUUUCUCAACCAGAUUUACAAGCAAACAGUGUCAUGGUCGUAACAGCUGGACGCCAGCUCGCCAGAAGUUUGGAGCUACAGUCGUUAAACGACUUGGGCUUCUCCAAAAGAUACGUGCGGUGUCUACAGAUAUCUGAGGUUGUGAAUAGCAUGAAAGACCUGAUGGAAUUCUGCACAUCUCAAAAAAUCGGUCCUAUUGAGGGCUUGAAGAAUUUCCCCCGUCACCCCUCGACGAACACUCUCGACAAGCUCAUGGCCAUGCACCCAGGGCUCAACGGCUUAAUGAACAAUAACCAACUGGAGGCUACUUCUCCUUACAGCAGCCAGACCAACACGGCAACUCCAGGGCAUUCUGGUAAUUUACCACCACCAGCCAUCAACGGAUUUUCACAGCACCAAAAGUUACUGCAAAAUCAACCGGUCCCUUCACAAGGCAGCCAGGGUUUACAGCGGCCCGUCUUCACACAAAACCAAGACGGGCCCACCGAGAACCCUCCUCCGAGUAGGAAUGACAGUCUGAAAGGCGGGCCCACCGGAGAAAAUGUGGGCUUCUGCCAGAAAACGCCAGACGUGACUCGGGAUCUUCACUUGGCUGACGAGCUGGGGAUAAUUCCUUCUCGAACUCCACUUGGGACCUACAGCUUCCAGACCCUUAACUCCCAAUCCAAAUGCGCCACGUGUAUUUCAAACCCAAACGACCUUGUGUUGCCACCGUCAGAUCCUGCCACCGCCUCCACACGCCUACGAUCAUCCGGCACGUGUCCACAACCCCACCGUCUGUAUCCCGUUACCGGCAAUCCUCCACCGGCUAUAGCCGGUGGCUCCUCCCUUUUCUAUUCCCGCUAG